AUUUGAAGGGGCUGAAACGGGAGAAUGAUACGCCUGUAGAGCGAGCACCGUUGAGGCAGCGGACUGAGGUCGUUGAUCUGGAAAAAGAUAUUGGAAAACGGAAACUCAUCACGGAGCGCACAGUUAAGAAGCAUCAAGGAGGAUACUGGUGCGAGGUGUGUGAGUGCUUGUUGAAGGAUAGUCAGUCGUAUUUGGAUCAUCUCAAUGGCCGGGAUCACAAUAGGAACUUGGGCAUGAAUAUGCGAGUGGAGAAGGUUAGUGUUGAUCGGGUGAAGGAAAGGCUGGAGGAGAUGAAGAGAGUGGCUAGGGAGAAGGCGCAGAAAGCAACAAAGGAUGACGUCAUUGAUAGAGAAGCCGUAGAGGAGCGGUUGGAGCACAUCAAGAGGGAGGAGGAGAAGGAUAAGCAGCGAAAGAAGGAGAAGAAGAAGCUGAAGAAGCAGAAGAAGCGGGAAGCUCUGUACGGGCCGGGGUAUG